AAGUACAAGAUGACAUCCAAUAACAAACUCUCUCUACAGCAUUGCUAUUUAGUAGUAGUAAUAACAAUAAUAAGAAUAUAAUGAUAAUCACCUCUUUAUAGGAUGGCACCUUGAUCCUUAAAUAUUGUCCAGUGUGUAAGGUCAGUGUGCGGAGGGUUAGGAGCGGAGAGGGCUGAUUUUUCUUAAAGGGGCAGAUCAGGGGAAGGCUGUGAUGGUGCUGGGAGAGAGGAGGGGGGAGAGAUAAGUGGUCUGAAGAAGAGGAUAGGACAAAAAAAAAAAACCACACAAAAAAAACAAACCACCCCGAUGAUGAUGAAUACAUUGGAAAGUUUUUUUGGCCCUGGUGAGGGUGUCAGAUUGAAUGCUCUGUGCGCAUGUGCGAAGGUGUCCAAACUGACAAUGCUUGGGAGAUGAAGAUAGUGUGUAGCUGCUUCUGGGCUCAAGGAGGAGGAGAGGAAUCCACAAGCCGACACGAUGAGAUCCAAGGCGAGGGCGAGAAAACUGCCCAAAAGUGACAGCGAGAUUGUAAAUAAUAUGUACGAGACCGACCCUGAUCUCCUUGCUGGCGAAAGUGCAGAGGAGGAAACAGAGGACAGUAUUAUGUCCCCCAUUCCUGUCGGACCUCCAUCACCCUUUCCCACCAGUGAGGACUUCACUCCCAAGGAGGGCUCACCUUAUGAAGCUCCCGUCUACAUUCCUGAUGACAUUCCAAUCCCACCAGAUUUUGAACUCAGAGAAUCUUCGAUUCCAGGGGCAGGGCUAGGGAUUUGGGCCAAAAAGAAGAUUGAAGUUGGGGAAAGAUUUGGACCCUAUAUGGCAGUCCAGAGGAGCACAUUAAAGGAAACAAACUUUGGAUGGGAGCAAAUACUGACUGAUCCUGAGGUGACCUCCCAAGAGGGCAAUAUCAAAAAGAUUGCAGAAGACCUGGGGACUGAGAAGUUCUGUCUGGAUGCUGGCCAGAGUGGAGCUGGGAACUGGCUGAAGUACAUCCGUGUGGCCUGCUCCUGUGAUGAGCAGAACCUGGCUGUCUGCCACCUGAACAACCAGAUCUAUUAUAAAGUUAUUAAAGAAAUUGAGCCAGGAGAAGAGCUCUUGGUGUAUUUGAAGGAAGGUGGUUAUUCACUUGGGAACAUGGCGCCCAGCAUGGAAGAGGAGCCCACGUUUCGCUGUGAGGACUGUGACGAGCUGUUCCAGUCCAAGCUGGAGCUGCGGCGGCACAAGAAAUACACCUGCAGCGCCGUCAGCUCCCUCUACGAGACCCUGAGCGACGAGAUCAAGCAAGAAGGUCUCGGGGAUGGACAGGUCUACGAGUGCAAGGACUGCGAGAGGAUGUUCCCCAAUAAAUACAGCCUGGAGCAGCACAUGGUGAUCCACACCGAGGAGCGGGAGUACAAGUGUGACCAGUGUCCCAAGGCCUUCAACUGGAAAUCCAACCUGAUUCGGCACCAGAUGUCCCACGACAGCGGGAAACGGUUUGAAUGUGAAAACUGUGUGAAGGUGUUCACCGACCCCAGCAACCUCCAGCGGCACAUCCGCUCGCAGCACGUGGGCGCGCGGGCCCACGCCUGCCCCGACUGCGGCAAGACCUUCGCCACCUCCUCGGGCCUCAAGCAGCACAAGCACAUCCACAGCACUGUCAAACCUUUCAUAUGUGAGGUCUGUCACAAAUCCUACACGCAGUUCUCCAACCUGUGCCGGCACAAGCGGAUGCACGCGGACUGCCGCACGCAGAUCAAGUGCAAGGACUGCGGGCAGAUGUUCAGCACUACCUCCUCCCUCAACAAGCACCGCCGCUUCUGCGAGGGCAAGAACCAUUACAGCCCUGCCAGCAUCUUUGCCCCUGGCCUGCCCCUCACGCCCACCUCCAUGAUGGACAAAUCCAAGCCCUCUCCCAACCUCAAUCAUGCUAGCCUGGGAUUUAACGAUUAUUUUCCGUCCCGCCCACACCCGGGGGGUCUUCCAUUCUCACCUGCCCCCCCUGCCUUUCCUGCCCUCACCCCGGGGUUCCCAGGGAUUUUCCCACCAUCUCUCUACCCCAGGCCCCCCUUGUUACCACCCACCCAACUGCUCAAAAGCCCCCUCAACCACACUCAAGAUGCAAAGCUUCCAAGCCCCCUUGGGAACCCGGCACUUCCUCUGAUCUCUGCGGUGAGCAACAGCAACCAGGCCACUUCAGGAGAGGAGAAAUGUGAAAGCAGCCUGGAAAACUCCUACCUGGAGAAGCUAAAAGCCAGGAACAGUGACAUGUCUGAUGGCAGUGACUUUGAGGAUGUCAAUACAACCACAGGCACAGACCUGGACACCACGACUGGCACCGGUUCUGACCUGGACAGUGAUGCAGAGAGUGACAGGGACAAAACAAAAGACAAGAGCAAACAAAUGGAGAGCAAGACAGACUUUGUCAGUAGCUCUGUGUCUGCAAGUUCCAACAACAACACCAGUGAGAUCCCUCUCUUUUAUUCUCAGCAUUCCUUCUUUCCUCCCCCCGAGGAGCACCUGCUGCCUUCCACAGGAGCAGCCAAUGACUCUAUUAAAGCCAUCGCCUCCAUCGCAGAGAAGUAUUUUGGGCCUGGCUUUAUGGGGAUGCAGGAGAAAAAGAUGGGUUCGCUCCCGUAUCAUUCCAUGUUCCCUUUCCAGUUCCUCCCCAAUUUCCCCCAUUCCCUCUAUCCUUUUACAGAGCGGACCCUCAAUCACAGCUUGCUGGUCAAGGCAGAACCAAAGUCACCCCGGGACCUCCACAAAGUGGGCAGCACCAGCUCUGAGUCCCCCUUUGAUCUCACCACAAAGCCAAAAGAGAUUAAGCCAAUCUUGCCACCACCGAAGGUCCUGCCAGCCCCAUCCUCAGGGGAAGAACAGCCACUGGAUCUGAGCAUCGGCAACCGCAUCCGAGCCAGUCAGAACGGAGGAAGAGAGCCACGGAAAAACCACAUUUAUGGGGAAAGGAAGCUGAUGGCCAGUGAAGUCUUGCCCAAGAUUUCCCAGUCCCAGCUGCCGCAGCAGCCGUCCCUGCAUUAUGCUAAGCCAUCACCCUUCUUCAUGGACCCCAUCUACAGCAGGGUGGAGAAGCGGAAGGUGACAGACCCUGUUGGUGCCCUCAAGGAGAAAUACCUGCGACCCUCCCCGCUGCUUUUUCACCCCCAGAUGUCAGCCAUAGAAACGAUGACGGAGAAACUGGAGAGUUUUGCAGCCAUGAAGGCAGACACGGGCACGUCCCUGCAGCCCCUCCCGCACCACCCCUUCAGCUUCCGAUCGCCGCCCCCCACGCUCUCCGACCCCAUCCUGCGCAAGGGCAAGGAGCGCUACACCUGCAGGUACUGUGGGAAGAUCUUCCCACGCUCAGCAAACCUGACAAGGCAUCUGCGAACACACACUGGAGAGCAGCCCUACAGGUGUAAAUACUGUGACAGGUCAUUCAGCAUUUCCUCCAACCUCCAGCGGCACGUCCGGAACAUCCAUAACAAGGAGAAGCCGUUCAAGUGUCACUUGUGCAACCGGUGCUUCGGGCAACAGACCAACCUGGACCGGCACCUGAAGAAACACGAGCACGAGAACGUUCCAGUGAGCCAGCACUCUGGAGUCAUCACAAACCACCUUGGGACCAGUGCCUCUUCCCCAAACUCGGAGUCAGACAACCAUGCACUUUUAGAUGAAAAAGAGGAUUCAUAUUUCUCUGAAAUCAGAAAUUUUAUUGCAAAUAGUGAGAUGAAUCAAGCAUCAACUUUAGCAGAUAAAAGGCCAGAAAUCCAGGACAUUGAUGGCAAUUCCCAGUGUCAUGGAUUAGCAAAUGAGAAAACAGAAGAUGUGGAUGAUGAAGAUGAAGAACUGGAAGAGGAAGAUGAUGACAGCCUGACAGGGAAGUCCCAGGAUGAAACGGUAUCACCUGCUGCAGAGCCCCGAGGACCAUUUGAGGAUGAGGAGGAUGAAGAGCCCACAUCUCUCACCAUGAGCUUUGACCACACCCGAAGGUGUAUUGAGGAGGACGAAGCCGGCUUGUUAGAUUUGGAGCAGAUGCCGAAUUUUGGGAAGGGGCUGGAUCUUCGCAAAGCAGCCGAGGAAGCAUUUGAAGUUAAAGAUGUGUUUAAUUCCACCUUAGACUCUGAGACAAUAAAACAGACUCUGUACAGGCAGGCUAAAAACCAGGCUUAUGCAAUGAUGCUGUCCCUGUCUGAGAACGCUCCCCUCCACACGUCCUCCCAGAACUCUCUGGGUGCUUGGUUGGACAUGGCAGGAGCAGCUUCAGAGUCGGGGACCUUUAACCCCAUCAACCACCUCUGAGAGGUCAACAAGGCACUGGCCAGAGUCCCAAGCCAGGAGGCGGUGGUGCUGCAAUUAUCCUAGCAAAAAUCCUAGCAAGCAGAAGAUGGAUAAGAGGGCCUCAGGGAGUCGUCUGGACUUUUGGCUGAGAAGGAAACCUGUCGCAUCCCACCUACAAGUCCUGCAUUUUUGUUUCUCCAGAGUUUUUUCUUUUCUAAUUUAUCGGAAUGAACCUCUCCAAAACUGGAUAACCCUGAUGCAGCCCCAGGAUUUCACAGUCUGUAGGAAUAGCAUGAGCAAGACAUGAAUUGCAACAGUGCAAUCAAAUAUUGGCCCCUCUAACAUCCCCAAACAGGAUCACGAGCCAGUAGAGCCCAGGCAGCAAUGCAGGCGUGGAACCCUGUGGUGGCACUGCCUUCCAGCCCUGCUGAGUAGGGAAGGAGUCAGGAAAGAGCCACGUGUGACCUGUCCCUGGUGCAAUUCUGACAUAGUCACUGGAGUUCUACCAGGGAAGGGUGAAUUCAACCCAUUUAAUUGAACCCCCAGGAGAAUCUGAAGUUCUUUGCUCCCACAGAAAUACCAUCUGAUCCUUUGCUCCCAACAAAACUUCUUGGCACCGUGCAAAGCUUCUGGAAUGUGAGGCCAUGUUGCCUGCAGUCAUGGUCCAGUCUGUGAUCCCAGGAAUCUUCAGCCUGGGGUGUGGCUGGGGUUGUGGGUGUACUGUGCACAUCAUCCAUGGUUCAGGUUGUGUCCGUGCCCCGCGAGCCCAUCGCUCUGCCUGUGCUGUGGGGCUGGGGGGGCUCCCCAGCUCUGCUGGACCUGCCAGCCCGAGCUGCUGCUUUCAGAGGAAGCCACGCUCAGCAGGUCUGUUGGGGAGGGGACGGUGGCACUGAGCCUUCCCGAGCUGCUGGAAGGGCCUGGACUGCUCCCCAGAGGGGUCUGGGGUAGAGCCCUCCCUGGAGGGGCGGCUGCAGGUGCAGGCAAUGGGCACAUCUCGCCCUGUGCGGGGCCACGGAGACAUCAACUGUGGGUCUCCCAGGGUUUUUCCACCUGAUAUCCUAUCAGCGUUGAGAGUAUCUGGGAACUGUGGCAGAAAUUUCUGA